AUGGCGGCCUCGGUCACUUCCAAGAUGGCAGCGAGGGCUGGUGGAGGCCUCUUCAGCCGGGAGCAGUCGGGCAACGUCCCCACGAUGCGAGGACUGGUCUCAUUCAUCGCUGAUCUGAGGAAUGCUCGCGCGAGAGAACUGGAAGAGAAGCGUAUCAACAAGGAAUUGGCCAACAUACGGCAAAAGUUCAGAGAUGCCGGCCUGAAUGGCUACCAGAAGAAGAAAUACGUCUGCAAGCUCCUCUACAUAUACAUCCUCGGAUGGAACGUCGAUUUCGGACAUCUCGAAGCGGUCAACCUCAUCUCCGCGACCAAAUACUCGGAAAAGCAGAUCGGAUACCUCGCCGUUACCCUAUUCCUACACGAGGAGCACGAACUGCUACACCUGGUCGUUAACAGCAUCAGGAAGGACCUGCUGGACCACAAUGAGCUCAACAACUGUCUGGCGCUGCAUGCGAUUGCGAACGUUGGUGGAAAGGAGCUGGGAGAGGCACUAAGCGCCGAGGUUCACAGGCUUCUGAUAUCACCGGCUUCCAAGGCAUUUGUGAAGAAGAAGGCUGCCCUUACCCUCCUGCGACUAUACCGGAAACACCCUGCGAUCGUACAGCACGAAUGGGCGGAACGGAUAAUAUCCCUCAUGGACGACCCCGACAUGGGCGUGGCGCUCUCGGUCACCUCUCUGGUUACGGCACUCGUUCAGGACAACACUGAGCAGUACAAGGGAAGUUAUAUCAAGGCAGCGAAUAGGCUGAAGCGGAUAGUAGUGGACAACGAGUGUGCCGAAGGCUACUUCUACUACAAGGUACCAUGUCCAUGGAUACUGGUCAAGCUGCUCAAGUUGCUGCAGUACUACCCACCUCCAGAGGACUCACAUAUCCGGAAAUUGAUUCGCGAAGCGCUCCAAAAGAUCAUGGACUCAGCCCUCGAAAUGCCCAAGAACGUACAGCAGAACAACGCGCAGAACGCCGUCCUCUUCGAAGCGAUCAACCUCGUAAUACACCUCGACACAGAGCAAGACCUGAUGGUUCAAAUAUCACAACGGCUGGGCAAGUUCAUCGCGUCUCGGGAAACCAACGUGCGGUAUCUAGGGCUGGAGGCCAUGACGCAUCUGGCUGCUCGCUCGGAGAACCUCGACCCCAUCAAGAAGCACCAAGCAAUCAUCAUUGGAUCGUUAAGAGACAGGGAUAUCAGUGUACGAAGACAGGGUCUGGACCUACUAUACAGCAUGUGUGAUCCGACGAAUGCGCAAGCGAUCGUGAACGAACUCCUCCGAUACCUACAAUCUGCCGACUACGCGAUACGGGAAGAGAUGGUACUCAAGAUUGCGAUUCUUACCGAGAAGUACGCCACAGACGUUCAGUGGUAUGUGGACAUAUCGCUGCGGCUGAUCGCUAUGGCUGGAGACCACGUUAGCGACGAAGUCUGGCAACGAGUUAUCCAGAUCACGACGAACAACGAAGAGCUACAAGUGUACGCCGCGCAAACGAUCCUGCAGUACAUCAAAUCGGACUGCCACGAGACGCUUGUAAAGAUUGGUGGAUACCUGCUCGGAGAAUUUGGCCACUUGAUUGCGGAUAGCAAAGGAUGCAGCCCAAUCGAGCAGUUCAUGGCGUUGAGCGCAAAGAUGCGAGGCUGCUCGUCAACCACACGGGCGAUACUUCUAUCGUGUUACGUCAAGUACGUGAACUUGUUCCCCGAGAUCAAACCUCAGCUUCUUCAAGCCUUCCGCGCCUACAGCCACUCGCUCGACUCCGAACUCCAGCAAAGAGCAUGCGAAUACCUCACACUCGCCACCAUGCCGACGGACGACCUACUGCGCACCGUAUGCGACGAGAUGCCUCCUUACCCAGAACGGACGUCAGCGCUGCUCUCGCGGUUACACCAGAAGCACGCCACUACUAGCGACAAGCGAACGUGGUUGGUUGGUGGCAAGGAUGCAAAUGCGGACCUCAAAGAAUUUGGUCUUGCAAGGCAGAAUACGUCUGCGGGUGUCAAGAGAAGCUUCACCGAACCCGUACCAAAGGAUGCCAAGACUGGCGUAGCAAAUGGCGCCAACGGUGUCGCAGCGAUAUCAAGUGAUUUGGAGGGUCUGGAUCUCAACAUGGAUCUGAGCAAGGCUUCCAAAGCACCAAAUCUCGCAAGCGCAGCUCAUCUCAGUCCUGAUUGGGAGGUUGGCUACACUCGUCUCCUAUUACGGUCGGAAGGCGUGCUCUACGAAGACCAGCAAAUACAGAUUGGUCUGCGAACAGAGUACCGCGGGCAGUUGGGCGCUCUCAUCUUCUACUUCACAAACAAGUCACAGUUCUCCAUGGGAUCUUUCACCACGACACUCGACAACCGGUCUUCGGAAACACUGAAGACGGACAUCAAGGGCUUACCCGACACCUCCAUCGCGCCCGAAGGCCAAACACAACAGACCAUCAUGUUCGAAUGCAAGAACGUCUUUAUCGACCCUCCCACAAUCCGUAUAUCCUACCUCGCCGGGGCCUUACAGGGUCUAACCCUCCAGCUCCCGGUCCUUCUACACAAGUACAUGGAAGGCGCCGAGCUCAGCGCAGAAGACUUCUUCAAGCGUUGGAAGCAAAUCGGCGGUGCCCCACGUGAACAUCAAAGCAUCUUUGGCCUGAUCAACAAGAACAGAACGAUGGACUCUGAUUUCGUGCAAAAGGUGGUCAAGGGCUUCAAGUGGGGUAUUGUGACUGGUGUGGAUCCUAAUGGCAAGAAUAUUGUCGGUGCGACGGUGUUGCACUCGAGUGAGGGCAAGUUUGGAUGCUUGUUGAGGCUGGAGCCGAACUUUGAGACGCAGAUGUACCGGAUUACGAUUCGUGCGACUGAUGAGUCGGUUCCGCCUGUUCUCGUCAAGGCUAUGCAAGAUCGCCUCUCGCAGGGUAUCGAGGGAAUGGCUUAA